UUCGCUCCGGACCACAGUUUGACAGUUGAUUGAAUUUGUGCAGCGACCGGGAGCUAAUUAUUAAAAGGGACUGCUUACAAUAAUUGCUGUCUCUCACCUCGCCCCAGAGCUCCCUCAGCAACGAACGCUGAUUCACGUUUGAAGCACCUCGCAAGAGCUGUCAGCAGAGAGUCUAACCUCCAGAAACUUAAGAUGGUUUCCACUGUGCUCUCUCGGCAAAUAACUUGCAUAUUGCAACAGAAUCUGAAGUUUUCUCUGCCCCGAUGUCGAUACGUUAGCCAGCCUGCUAACAAAGGAGAUGUGGAUGUCGAGUUUGAUCGGCCAUUAAUGAAAACAGAAGUGCCAGGUCCAAGAUCUCGGGAGUUAAUGAAGAAGCUGAAUGAGUUUCAGAAUGUGGAUGCAGUUAAUUUCUUUUGUGACUAUGAAGAGAGUAAGGGUAACUACUUGGUGGAUGUUGAUGGCAACAGGAUGUUGGAUCUUUACACCCAGAUCUCUUCCAUCCCUAUUGGUUACAACCAUCCUGCACUAAUCAAAGUGCUACAGAAUCCUGAUAAUGUGAGUACCUUCAUAAACAGACCUGCCUUGGGCUGUUUGCCUCCUGAGAAUUACGUCCAAAAGCUAUCUGAGACGCUGCUUUCAGUAGCCCCAAAAGGCUUGAAGCAAGUGCAAACUAUGUCGUGUGGCUCCUGUUCCAAUGAGAAUGCCUUCAAAGCAGCUUGCAUCUGGUACAGGAACAAAGAAAGAGGAGAAACUAUCCACACAAAGGAAGAACUGGAAUCUUGUAUGAUCAACCAAGCUCCAGGCAGUCCCGACAUAACCAUCCUGUCCUUCAUGGGUGGAUUUCAUGGAAGAACAUUUGGUUGCUUGGCAGCGACCCAUUCUAAGGCUGUCCACAAAUUAGAUAUUCCAGCCUUUAAUUGGCCCGUAGCUCCAUUUCCAAAACUGAAGUAUCCCUUGGAAGAGUUUGUGAAAGAGAAUUCAGAAGAAGAAGCAAGAUGCUUGGAGGAGGUAGAAGACUUGAUUGUAAAAUUCAGAAAGAAGGGAAGGAAUGUGGCUGCAAUUGUUACUGAGCCAAUCCAGUCUGAAGGAGGAGACAACCAUGCAUCAGAUGACUUCUUCCGGAAACUGCGUAACAUUUCUAAGAAGCAUGGGUGUGCAUUCUUGUGUGAUGAAGUACAGACAGGGGGAGGUGCCACCGGCAAGUUUUGGGCCCACGAGCACUGGGGCCUGGAUGAUCCAGCGGACAUCGUCACCUUCAGUAAGAAAUUGUUGUCUGGAGGCUACUUCUACAAGGAUGAACUAAGGCCUGAUAUGCCCUACAGGAUUUUCAAUACAUGGCUAGGAGACCCUUCAAAAAAUCUUAUGUUUGCUGAAGUACUUAAUGUCAUUCGGACAGAAAAGCUCUUGGACAACGUGAAUGAAAGUGGCAAGAUCCUAUUAAAGGGUCUUAAGGACUUACAGGUUCUCUAUCCACACAUCCUGAGUAAAGCCAGGGGCAAAGGGACAUUCUGCUCCAUUGAUGCACCCAAUGAAACAAUACGGAAUCAACUUGUUUUGAAAAUGAGAAAUAAAGGUAUUGUACUCGGUGGCUGUGGAGAAAAGUCUAUUCGUUUCCGCCCUGCUUUAGUGUUCAGGCCACAUCACGUCCAUCUCUUCCUUAAUGUUUUCAGUGAUGUUCUGGGUGCUCAUAAGUGAAGCAACAGACUGCACAGAAGGGUCUUUAACCCACAAUUCAGUGGAUUGCUAUGAGCAUUCUUACAAAUUAUAUCACUACUUAUUCAGCAUUUCUGUCUACCAUUUCCACCAGUAUUUUAAAAAUCUUUAACAAUUAAUAGUUUGACCUCUGAAUAAGUGUAA